AUGCCGGGCGUCCGAUCGCUCGUCGAGCUAGCAUCAGCGGCGUGCGUCAAGAACGUCCGCUUACUUGAAGGAGUAGGCUACCUCCCCUAUGAGAACGUGCGGCACCUCCUCAUGCGCGUCGACAGCGCCAAGCAGCUGCGGCGCAUCGAGCUCAACUCGCCGCAGCUGGACGGGCAGACGGGCGAGCUCUGGCUCCGGCUGAUAGAGAAGGACUUCCCCAUCGAGUUCCGCGCCAAGGCGUACAAGCCGCAGGACCCGACCAAGUGGUUCAAGGUGUGGGAGAAGUACCAGCGCGACCACGACAAGGCCAUUGCCGAGAGCGAGGCCAACUUUCGCGAUGCCAUCGUCGGCAUCCAGCAAGAGAAGGCCAAGAACACGAGCAAGAUUGUCGAGAGCCGCCUCCUGCCGCGCAAGGUCCCGACCAAGCGAUGGGGCUCCGGCGGCGGCUCCGGCACCCUCGGCAACGGCGCCCUCACCUUUGGCGGCGGCAGCCGCACCAGGACCCACAACGGCGCCAGCGUCAUGCGCAAGGUCCGCAGGGAGGUCAGGGAGAUUGCCGCCAUCCACGGCUCCCUGUCAAAGGUGACGCCCGCGGGUGGGCAGCGCGCCGCCUCCUCCGCCGUCCUGAAGGCCCCCCAGGCCAUGAUCAACGAGCGCCGCCGCGCCGCCCAGCCCGAGUUCAAGAGGCUGCCGCCAAAGGCCGUCACCGAGCACGAGGAGCGCGCAACCUUCAUCUCCGACUCGGAAGACGGCGAGGACGGAGACCUGUUCGACGCUGACGGCGAUGACGAGGAGACCGCCAAGCGACCAAAGCCCGUCACAUUCAGAUCUGCGGCUCCCAAACAGGCUGCCGCCAAGCCGUCGGCCGCACGCUCCGCCGCCACAUCGCUCCUCAAGUCGAGGAGGCAAGCCGGCUCCUCUUCGUCGUCCACGCGACCAAUUCCCGCGACCAAGCCCCGUCCCAUCCCGUCCGCCCCAGACCCCACCAAGUCAUCCACCUCGCCAUCCAAACCACGACCAAGCGUUGGCGGGUCCGGCCCCUCGGCCUCGGCGAAGCAACCUAGCGCGGCGGCACCAUCCACCUCAUCGUCGUCGAGGCCGGCGGCAGCACGCGCCUCUUCUCCCCCGUCAGCAAUAUCGGCACAGUCGCCGCCUCGCCCGCCGAAACGCAAGGCUGCAGAUAUCUUCAUGAAACCUCGGAAGCGGAACAGCUGA